AUGCUACUCCCUGCCCCUCUCUCACGAUAUGUCGGGUCCAUUCGCUCGUUAAAGCAAAAAUGGCGCCGCCACACCGAAUCCGAGCAGCAAAACCGCAGUGAAAAUUCCGUCGCUCGCCGCAUGAUUGACGUCUUUCUCCGUACAUGGGAUUUGGGAUUCACUGCAUUCGGAGGUCCUCCUGUACAUUUCCAAAUUCUCCAUGGCAGAUUCGUGGAAGGGAAGGGGGGGAAAGAGAAAUGGGUAGAUGAGCAGACUUAUCAGGAACUCUUCGCCAUCUGUCAAGGCCUUCCUGGUCCAGGCAGCACAAAAAUGCUAUUCUGUCUCACUCUGCUUCAUGCUGGAGUCUUUCCGGCGAUUAUGGCAUUUCUGCUCUGGAGUCUCCCGGGUGCAAUCGGCAUGUAUUGCCUCUCAAUUGGUAUCCAAAACGUUAGCCAAUCUCUCCCUGGCCCAGUCUACGCUCUGCUCUCGGGGCUCAACGCUGCGACCGUCGGCAUUGUCGCUGUUUCUGCUGUGCAGCUCUCGGAGAAAGCAAUUCAAGACAAUAUUUCCCGCAUCCUUGUUAUUUGGGGUGCAUGUGCAGGUCUUUGUUAUAACGCUCUAUGGUUCUUUCCGGUAUUGAUGCUUAUUGGCGGUUUUGUUAUAGCUAUUUGGGAUGGGUGGCUGUAUUCUCAGAUACAGGGGAUGAGGAUUGCUUGGAAGAACAGGCAUGGACGUCCAGCAGGUUCUGAGGAGGCGAAUACAAACUCUAUGGUGAUAGAGUCCAUCCCACCACCCGGACAAGAAGUGGAGCGGAAUGAACCGAUAAUACGAUCGAGGAGAGUCAACCACAAUGGAACCCCACCGCAGUGCUCGGGGGCUUUAUUGAACCCGAUACAGUCGACCGGAACGGGGGUGAGUCGAUCAUCACCGAAAUAUGGUAUUCGGAUUCGGACUGGGCUUGCUAUCCUAACUAUCUUCUUUGCCUCGUUCAUCGCAAUCCUUGUCGCUAGAGCUAAACUGGCCCCUCCUCCGCUCCCACUUGAUCUAUUCGCUAGCAUGUACCUCGCUGGGACUGUGAUUUUCGGUGGAGGCCCAGUUGUGAUCCCGCUCCUUCGCUCUUACGUCGUUGGUCCAGGCUGGGUUUCUAGUCGUGACUUUCUAAUUGGCCUGGCCAUUAUCCAAGCCUUUCCGGGACCCAACUUCAACUUCGCUGUCUUUUUAGGGUCGUUAGCCCUACAGCAUUCGCAAUUCCCAACUGUCUUUGGCGCCUUUCUAGGCUGGCUGGGUAUUUUUGUGCCCGGAAUUACACUGGCUGUCGCAGUCCAGAGUUUCUGGAGCGUGUUGCGGAAGAGGAGAUCUGUGACUCGUUUCCUGAGAGGCGUCAAUGCUACUGCGAUUGGCUUAGUGUUUACUGCUGUUUACCGGCUAUGGCAGAUUGGCUACUUGACGCCGGCCAAUAACGCUGGACAAAGUCUAGCAAAUGAGCCGUGGUGGUUAGUCGUCACGACUGUGUCGUACGCAGGCAACGCGUGGUUCCGAUUGCCUCCCGCUGUGUCGAUUAUUAUUGGUGCUAUACUUGGUUUAUGCUGGUACGGAGCCGUGGGGCGGUAG